UCCAGAUAAUGUCUGAUACGGAAUCUGAAGCGGAAGACUCUGAAGUUUUUGAUUUGGAAGAUUCCGAAUCGGCUCUAUUAUUUUCAAAUAAAAGGCCUAGUCCAGCAAUUGUUUACAUCUUUUCAAUAUAUAUUACGGACAAUCUUCGUCAAUAUUUUGCAUUCGCAUUACUAAUAGGCAAUUUUAUAGUUCUGAAUCUUGGAGUGACUUUCAUGUUGCUCAGCUGGUAUGUUAGCCAUUCUUUAUCUGGGCAAAUAAUUUUCAUAAGUGGUUAUUACAGUGCUCAAGCAGUACCAGCCAUGCUCAUUUUGUCAGGAUUCAGCAUGAUAGUUGCAAGUUUACUUGGUUUGAAAUCAGCUAUAGAUGGACGUCAUAUAGAUGACCAGGAAUCAGCAAAGUCAGCAUCUUUGUUUUUCUUAAUAUAUUGGAGUGCGGGAUUAAUUAUUGUAGGUAUUAUUUUCCUGUCAGCUAUUGUAUGCUUUUCUCAAAUUAGAUUGCUUCCCGAUGCUAUUAGCCAGGGUUUACGAGAUGGCAUGGAAAAGUAUCCGAAAAAUCCUAAAGUGAAGAUUUCCAUGGAUUAUUUGCAAAUGUCUUAUCAAUGCUGUGGCGAAUCAGGUUACAAAGACUGGUAUAAUAUCUCCUGGGUUGAUUUUAAAUAUCUGGAUAUUUCUUCUGAUCCAAACAUGCCACGCAUGAUGAAAGGGUUGAAAUAUUAUGGAAAAGAUGUGCCAUUUAGUUGCUGCAAGAAAGCCAUAACUCGACCAUGUGUUGAUACAAGAAUAGAAGACAAAAGAUACAACUCUAAAUACCGCUUUCCAACGGACUUGACAGUAAACGCAAUAGGAUGCAGUGAAAUUGUUUCUAAAGUACUGGCAAAUAUGAUGAAAGGAGUUGGAAUUUUUGUCUUCUUAUGUAUUUUUAUUUGGCUUAUAAUGGUUAUUAUUACAAGGUACUUGCAUACGUCAACACAGCAGAUUCAAAAGGGCAAUACCCCUGUUGGCUAUUUAUUUCCUUUCUCGAAAGCAAAGAGCGAAGCAGUUUCAAGUGAAGAAGAAGGGUUUGAUAAAGAUGAAGAAAAUGGCUUCGAUUCCGAUUAA